AUGGCGCUCAUCCUUCCCGCGACGUGCGGUGGCCGCAUCGUCGCAGGUCUUCCUCCCCUGCACAGACCAACGCGCACCUCGUCUCACCGCACUUCACCAAGCCAUUUCAAUGUAUCCUCUGCCGGACGCGUUCUUUCCUACGGGAGGAACCUGAGCGCCGCUUAUCAGCUCGCGUCGCUCGUCCCGCUGCCGCUAAUCGCCCACGCGGCAUCCGCGUCGGCGAAGCUUCAGCGAAAUGCUGCGCUCACGUCGCGCGCCGUCGCUCGCCAAUCAGACUCGUCGCAACCGAAUGCGUCGCAGAACAAGCCAGCCUCCUUCACUCUUAAAGCGGCUUCGGCAGCUGUAGCCGCAGCUGUAGCCGCUGCUACAUCCGCGAUUUCCGCAUUCACCGCUCCUGCGGCUCUCGCCGUCGAUUCCGACGCGCUCUCCCGUUACGAGCAAAUCGCCGGCAAGGCCGUGCAGCGCUCCGUCGUUACAAUCACUUCCGCUGCCGCCACCGGGCCCGUCAAUGCCACGUCGGCUGGGGAGGCCGCCGGCGCUGCCGUCGCCGGGUCCGCCGCUGGGGAGGCCGCUAGCGCCGUUGCUUCCGCCGUAUCUGACGCCGUCUCUGCCGCCGCACCUGCCGCCGUGACUGAAGCCGCGUCGGCCGCCGCCUCUGCCGCCACUUCCGCCGUCACUUCUGCAGCGGCUGGAGUCGCCGACCUGUUCACCAGUGCCGUCCCCGCUGCCGCUUCUGCCGCCGUAUUCGACGCCGAAGUGGCCCUCGCUUUCGCGGCCGCAGCGGGAGCGACGGCGCUGCUCGCGGGGGCGUUUUCGUUUCUCACGCGGAAGCAGUACGCGGGGGAUUUGACCCCAGAAGCGGCUCUGGAAAAGGCCCUGGAAGAGGCUGGGGAGGAGUGGGAGGAAGAGGGCGAAGCGGUUGUUUUGCUGGACAUUCGCGACGGCAAGGAGAAGAGCCGAUCGGGUAACCCGACGCUGAAAAACUCGCCGAAGCGGCUGGUGGCGGUGGCGUAUCGCGAGGAUUCUGUGAAGCGGAAACCGGAGGAGGGCGAGGGGGACGGGGAGGACGACGUGGUGAUUGAAUUGGGUGAUCGUAAAGAGGGAUUCCUCGACGCGGUUAAGGAGGCUAAGGCCGUGUCGGACGGAUCUACUAUCAUCGUUAUCGAUAAGGCCGGGGAGGACGCCGUGGAUGUCGCCAAGCAGCUGACGUCAGCGGGCUUCAAGAAUGUCUUCGUCGUGGCUGGAGGAGCUGACGCGUGGCAGGAAGGGGGGCUGCCGUGGAAGAAACCAUUUCUCCGCCUGCCCACGCCUGUGCUACCCUCACUCCCCUCGCUCCCCUCGUUCAACCUCGGAAUCAACCUCGAGGAGUCCGUUUCUACAGUGAAAGAGGUCUUCACCACUGUAGAGAGCAGUGCAUCAAAGACAGCGUCAGCAGCGGCAUCAGCAGCUCCUGCAGCACUCGGCAUCCUCGCUGCUGCUGGGCUAUCCGUGGCCGUGCUGGCAGAGGUGCGUGUUCCUUCGUGCUGGGUGUAUGCAGCACUGGGCAUCCUCGCUGCUGCUGGUCUCUCCGUGGCCGUGCUGACAGACCGUAGAGACCAGAGUCUUUCUUGCCCCCAUUCCUUCCUGUUCCCUCCCUGGCCCCUUCACCCCGUUCCCCUCUCACCCCUCAACCUCUCAGUCCUCAACCUUUCAUCCCCUCAACCUCUCAACCCCUCACCCCUUCAGGCCGAGGCACUACUCACUCUGGUGGCAUCAGUGGCGCUCGUGCAGUUCAUAGCCACCAAGCUGCUCUUUGCUAAGUACUUGUCAGCAGGCUCUACUUUUACCGACUCUGCUCUUCCCACCUCUCCCCGUCCCUCCCAACCUCUCCUCAACCCACAGGACAGGGAGCAGACACUGGCACAGCUGCGCAAGUACCUGCCAACCGGUUCCGACCUGCCCACCCUCUCUCCUCUCACCUCUGUCCACCUCUCCCCAUCUCUCCCCACCCCUCCCUACCUCUCUUCCCCCACAACAGGACAGGGAGCAGACACUGGCUCAGCUGCGCAAGUACCUGCCAACUGGUGCGGACCUGCCUGCCCUUGCCCCUCCCGACGAAGCCACUGCACCAACGAGCAGCACUGCUGUGCUGAGCCCGCCUAA